UGAGAAAGGUACGUGUUAAUGUAACAAACGAUACGUUUUUUUUUUAAAUUCUUGAGUUGACUAGACAACAGAUUAUGAGGGGAAUAUACGUAAUUGUCAUCACCUUCUUGGCAUUUUGGGCUAACAAUGAGGUUAUUGCAAAGGAAGAUCAACUUGAACAAUCGAUUUGGAAAGAAGAAUUCUACGCGGAUGACAUUCCGACAAGAUGUCCAUAUCGAGAGAACACAACCACGACCAAUAUUCCACAUGAAACCGAUUGCACGAAGUUUUACAAGUGUCUAUGGGGUAAAAGAAUCUUGAUAGAUUGUCCUCUGAUCGCGGGAACCCAAACAAAGCUGCACUAUAAUAGACGCGAACAGAUCUGCGAUUGGCCGUGGUUAGCCGAUUGCGUUAAUUGUCCUUUCCAAAACAAAAAUGGCAGUUGGCCGCAGUCCAAAUUAUCUUCCCCAAUAUUGAAUUGUAGUACGUACUACGUGUGCAUAAACGGUACAAAGUAUUUGCAACAGUGUCCUCCAGGUACGUGCUUUAGCCGCACAUGCCAAGAUUGCAUCGUAAAUCGUUCGGGUGGAAAUUGCGAUCUGUAAUGUCAUGUAACGACAAAUAUUCUCACAGAUAUAAUUGCAAUUGUUAUUAUGUGUGUAUCAAGAGUGAGUUAUUUAAAGUUUUGCGAUGGCGGUCUUUAUUUUGCGUUACUCCUGCAAAAUUAGGCAUAUUAUACUUUCGUCCAAAAAAUCAACAAAAACAGUUUUGAUUAAAAAACUAUAAAUGUCAUGUAUCAGGUUAUCAAUCGGACUAAUUAUCUGAACUUAAAAUAAACUCAGAAAAUAGGAAAAAUUCUUUAGAACGAUUUUCUAUUCUAUCCCUUAGUAAAAUGAUUAAACGAGGCACAAUAAGAUAUA